GUUAUCAUGUGACCCCAAAAAUUCAUGCUACAUUUUGCUAAGCAAAUAGAGUGAGGAUGAAAUAGGAAGGAAGAGUAAUAGAAAAUGAUGACAACUGAACCGGCCCAAUCCACGCGAAGAAAACAAAAACAAAAUGCAAGUCGUCCAGUUGUGGUGGCAAUGGCAUACGGGGCAUACCUCUUGUUCUUCAAUCCCUCUAUCUUCAAUUUCAUACUAUCAAGCCAAAGCAGCCAUUAGGCACCGCCACAACACUAGUGCAUUAUCCCUGAGUUUCUACACAAACCCUAACCUAACCUCUCCAAGAUUUCGUCUUGCUACUUUCACACCUGCUUCUAACAUCGGGUUGAACGAUACCGUUGAUGAUACGGGGGAAGAAGGAGAUGAUGAUGGAGUUGAGAUUGAGAUUGAAAAAAUGGGGAAAAAUCGAAGGAGGAUUCGAUCUAAGGUAGCUGUGAAUGCGAGCUUGCAGAAUGUUUGGGACGUUCUCACUGAUUAUGAAAGAUUAGCUGAUUUCAUCCCUGGUCUUGCCGUUAGUCAGUUGCUUCAAAAGGAACCUAAUUUCGCCCGACUUCUUCAGAUUGGGGAGCAGGACUUAGCAUUCGGGCUCAAAUUUAAUGCUAAAGGUGUCAUUGAUUGUUAUGAGAAAGACCUUGAAGAUCUCCCCACUGGUCAGACACGUGAUAUUGAGUUUAAGAUGGUAGAAGGUGACUUCAAAAUUUUUGAAGGGAAAUGGUCUAUCGAACAGUGCAAGACAGGUAGUGUCAAAGAGCAUGAUUCUUCUGUGGACCAACCAUUUCUUACAACUCUCUCCUACAUUGUCUAUGUUGAGCCCAAGCUUUGGUUGCCUGUGCGGGUUAUUGAAGGCAGACUUUGUAAGGAGGUAAAAAUCAACCUACGGUCUGUUCGGGACGAAGCACAAAAAGUAUAUGUCUCUUCAUUUUCAUCUUAUUAACCGCUAACUAAUUACUACUACCAUUUAUUGCUGAAGAAAUGUAUAUAUUACCACUCGUAAUACAGUUUUACUGAAGCAACUUCUACUUUGGUUGCACUCAUUUUGAUUAUGUGGAUUAACUACUACAGGUUCAUAGUAGUUCAAAUUCUUUUUCUUUUGGUCAA